AAAAAUACAUGCCCUGAGUGUGGGAAAAACUUCAUUCACGGAUCAAACCUUUCUGUUCAUCUGAGAAUCCACACAGGGGAGAGACCCUACAAAUGCCGUGAGUGUGGGAAAACCUUCAAUCGCAGCUCACACCUUAUUGCCCAUCAGAAAAUCCACACAGGGGACAGGCCCUAUAAAUGCUGUGAGUGUGGAAAAUGCUUCACUGAGAGUUCAGACCUUUCUGUACAUCAGAGAAUCCACACAGGGGAGAGGCCCUUUGAAUGCCGUGAGUGUGGGAAAACCUUCAAUCGCAGUUCACACCUUAUUAGGCAUCAAACAAUCCACACAGGGGACAGGCCCUACGAAUGCAGUGAAUGUGGAAAAUGCUUCACUAGCAGCUCAAACCUUUCUCAACAUCAGAGAAUCCACACAGGGGAGAGGCCCUUUGAAUGCCGUGAGUGUGGGAAAACCUUCACUUACAAAUCAGGCCUUUCUAGACAUCAGAGAAUCCACACAGGGGACAGGCCCUAUGAAUGCAGAGAGUGUGGGAAAACCUUCAAUCGCAGAUCAGGCCUUUCGAGACAUCAGAGAAUCCACACAGGGGACAGGCCCUAUGAAUGCAGAGAGUGUGGGAAAACCUUCACUCAAAUAUCAGCCCUUUCUGUUCAUCAGAGAAUCCACACAGAUGAGAGGCCCUAUGAAUGCAGUGAGUGUGGGAAAUGCUUCACUCACAGAUCAGACCUUUCUAGACAUCAGAGGAUCCACACAGGGGAAAGAUCCUACGAAUGCCGCGAGUGUUGUAAAACCUUCAGUCGCAGCUCGCACCUUAUUAGUCAUCAAACAAUCCACACAGGGGACAGGCCCUAUGUAUGCAGUGAGUGUGGGAAAACGUUUACUCAAAGAUCAGCCCUUUCUGUUCAUCAGAGAAUCCACACAGGGGAGAGGCCCUAUGAAUGCAGAGAGUGUAGGAAAACCUUCACUCACAGAUCAGCCCUUUCUAGACAUCAGAGGAUCCACACAGGGGAAAGAUCCUACGAAUGCCAUGAGUGUUGUAAAACCUUCAGUCGCAGCUCGCACCUUAUUAGUCAUCAAACAAUCCACACAGGGGAGAGGCCCUAUAAAUGCAGAGAGUGUGGGAAAACCUUCAAUCACCGCCCACACCUUAUUACCCAUCAGAGAAUCCACACAGGGGAGAGGCCCUAUAAAUGCUGUGUGUGUGGAAAAUGCUUCACUAAAAGUUCAGCCCUUUCCAGGCAUCAGAGAAUCCACACAGGGGAGAGGCCCUAUGAAUGCAGUGAGUGUGGGAAAACC